AUGAAUAGUAUUUACGUUAUCGUGGUUUUCUUGUGUUUGCAAGAAUUAACAGGAGCGAGCUACUACAGAAUUCCGAAGAGAUACUUCAAAUCACCACGACAAGAACGAAAACAAAUCAAAAAUAUUCCUCAAAAAAUACCAGCAAGAAACAAACCUAUAUUUGUAGCUUUACCAGAAAAAGCGCAGAUUGUAGCUGAAGAAAUAGCUGAACCUGAUAUAGCUUUAUCAUUAUCCGAAAAAGCUAUAAUAGAACAGACUGUAACACAAAAAAUUGAACUAGAAAUUGAUGGAAUUAUUUCAAAAGACGAAACCACUCCAGAUUUGAAAAAUCACCAGCCAGUUACUAAAUACAAAUUGCCCGAUGAUAUAGUAGUUCAAAAUUUAAAAACUUACCAGCCAGUUUUGAAAUACGAAUUGCCUAAGAUGACCGCUUUGCCAAUUUUGACAAUUCUGCCAAUAGUGGCUGCGUUACCUGUGGUGAAUGUCAAACCAAGGUCACUAGAUGUGUUGCCAGAUUCGGAAAUUGUAGAUGAUGGUAAUUUAUCGGGUGUAGAUAAGGUAACACCAUCUGAAGAAGUUGGUGAUGGUGGAAUUUCUAUAGAUGCUUUUCAAGAGAUUAAAUACCAAAUUGUCGAGAGGACACCAAAGAAGUCACAAAUUUUGCACAAAAUUCGUAGAAUUGAAGAGUUUAAACGUAAUAUUUUUGUAGACCAUAGACGGGAAGAAUUAAAAAAUUGAGGACAAUAAUGUAAAGAAUGACAUAUCAUUUUAUGUAAAGGGUAACAUAAUG